AUGUCUCGACUAUUGGAGAGAACAUUGGACCGCUUUACGGGUCUGCUAGAGUACCAGCCAACCUAUCCAUUCGCCGCUCCUACUUGGGUCUAUUUGGUGGGUGCUAUCCUUAUCCAGCAGCUCGCGACCAGAUGGUACAGAUAUUAUAAAUCAUGGGUCAACGUCCCGGUAGUUGGAGGGCAUGGGAUUAUCGGGUCUUGGAUCGCGGCAUUCUGGUGGACAGCGCGGGCACGAUCAUUAGUCAAUGAAGGCUAUCAGAAGCACGGUGACUUCGCCUUCCAGGUAUCAACUCCAACUAGAUGGGAAGUGUUUAUCUGCAAUGACGAGAUGGUGCGCGAGUAUCGUAAUUUCACCGACGAACGCUUUUCGGCAAAUGCGUUGUUCGAAGCGAAGUAUACCGUUCCGGGUGCGGCAGAGGGUGUGCAUAAAGUACCUGUCCCUAUUGUAGCAAAGGCUCUUACCUGGCAGCGCACUCGAGCUGCAACCAAAACCGAUCCGUACUUUGAGGAGUUCGUGAAGGAGCUACAGCACGCCUUUGAUGCGGAGACCAAGUUUGAGAAUGAAGAUUGGAACGAUCUUUGCUGUUUCGCCACUGGAACCAGGAUUGUGGCCCAUCUAACCGCGAAGUCACUGGUAGGGUACCCUUUAUCUCGAGAUACAGAACUCAUCAAUCUAUUCGCCGAGUAUGGUAAUGCAGUUCCAACCAGUGGGUUCUUUAUUGCUAUGUUUCCGCAAAUUUUGAAACCCUUCGCUGCUAAGUUUUGCAGCGCGCCAAAAAUAUCAGCGCGUCUUGAUAGGAUUGUGAUGGACGAACUGAGAAAGAGGGAAGCAAAUCCCCGGAGCGAGCCACAGGUACAGGAUAUUACGGAUUGGAUUAUGUUCUGGAGUCGUACCUACCCUGGAACAUACACCGACCAAGACAUUGCUCGGUCUGUGGUAUCAGCCGUGUUUGGUGCGAUCCAUACUACAACACAGGUGAGGCCUACACAGGAGACAAAGAUGAUCCUGGUCGACCAGCUCACCCUAAAACUUAGGUCUUGCUUCGUCAAGGAAUGUCAGCGGUUUAAUCCCCUUGAUGCUGUACGUAGCGACCAAGCUCUGAGCUUCCUCUUAGGUUCUCUGGCACGACGCGCUACAAAAGACUUCACUUUCAGCAAAGGUCUGCACAUUCCCGAAGGAACGUUCGUCUUCACACCAAAUUCUCCCGUUCUUUUCGACGAGAAACACUAUCCGGAUGCACAGCAGUUUGACGGCUAUCGAUUCUAUCGGCUGGGUAGAGUUACAGGACGACCACUUGAAUACAAGUUUAUCGCCGCCAAUCUCAAGUACCUCCAAUUCGGAGAUGGGAGGCAUAUAUGUCCCGGUCGAUUCAUGGCAGCAGACGAGAUCCGUCUCCUGCUAGCGCAUAUUCUCGUGAACUACGACAUCAGACCGAAAGACGAUGGUGAACGCCCGCCUAAUUGGACCUUCAAGAAGAUUUUGUUCCCGGAUAUGAAAGGAAUGGUGCAGUUGAAACGGCGAUCGAUCAAUAUAUCUCAGCCUAACUAG